AUGUUUGUCUUAAGAAUAUGAAAUUUAAUUUUUCUUUUGUUUUUCUCUUUUUCUUUCAUUUUGUUCUUUUCUAGAAUGUUGUUUUUAAAUCUAUCUUACAGUCUAUAUUUAAGAUGGAACAUUUUUUCCUGAGGAUCCACUGAUAUUAAUAUAAUUUUUUUAUUGGACUGAGUAUGUCUAAUAUUUUUAUCUUUUGUCCUCUUUAUUUCUGGUAGAGUUUUUUAUUACUCGGGGGAGUACAUAGAAGGAGAGAUUAAUUUAUCCCGUUUUAUUUUUUUACUAGCCGGCUUUGUAGGCUCUAUAGGUCUAUUAAUUUUUAGCCCAAACUUGAUUAGAAUCUUAUUAGGUUGAGAUGGCCUUGGGUUAGUAUCAUAUUGUUUGGUAAUUUAUUACCAAAAUUAUAAGUCUUUAAAUGCUGGAACUUUAACGGUUUUAUCUAAUCGAGUAGGAGAUGUGUUAAUUUUGUUGGGAAUUGUUUGAAUAAUUAACUUUGGGGAUUGAAGAUUUGUUGCAUGGUUGGGUUCAUCUAACAGACUAAUUUUGGUUAGAGCUUUAAUUGUCUUAGCUUCUUUAACUAAAAGUGCUCAAAUUCCUUUUUCUGCCUGGUUGCCAGCAGCUAUAGCUGCUCCUACUCCAGUUUCUUCUUUAGUUCAUUCUUCUACCUUAGUAACAGCAGGAAUUUACUUGGUAAUUCGGCUCGGAUGAGUUUAUGAUUUUUGAAUAAAUGAACUUUUAAUAAUUCUUUCUGUUUUAACCAUGUUUAUGGCUGGACUUGGAGCUUGCUUUGAAUUUGACCUAAAGAAAAUUAUUGCUUUAUCUACUCUUAGACAAUUAGGCUUAAUAAUAUACAGCUUAUCUUUAGGAUUGGUAAAGGUAGCUCUAUUUCAUUUGUUAAUGCAUACUCUAUUUAAAGCAUUAUUAUUUAUAAGUGCUGGUUGUAUUAUCCACGGUUUUAAAGGUUGACAAGAUAUCCGAAUAAUAGGAAAUAUAAUAAUUUCUUUACCUUUUAUUAGAUCAUGCUUUGUAGUUUCAAAUUUAGCUUUAAGAGGAAUGCCGUUUUUAGCAGGAUUUUACUCAAAAGACAUAAUCUUAGAAUUAUCCCUAAUAGAGGAAUUAAACUUAUUAAGUUUAUUUAUACUAUUCUUGUCUACUGGUUUAACUGUAGCUUAUACUUUUCGCUUAAUUUAUUAUAUAGUACGCCGUGACUAUGUAAUAAGUGGGUCGGGAAAUUUAAGUGAUGGCUGAGGGGUUAUAGUAAAGUCUUGUAUUGGGCUGGUAACUUUUUCUGUGUUUUUUGGAGCUUUAAUCUCUUGAUUAAGAAUAGAUGUAAACUCAAUUAUUCUACCAAAAAGUCUAAAAAAUCUUACUUUAACAGUUUGUAUUUUAGGUUUAAUUUUAGGGUUUUUUAUAUCUCAAUCUUCUUAUACUUUUUCUAAAAUAAAAUUUUCUUUAAUGAUUUGAUUUAGAGGAUCUAUAUGAUUUUUACCUUAUCUAUCUUCUCAACCUAUAACUUAUAUUCCUCUGAAAUUGGGGUCAGAAAUUAUGAAAUUUGGAGACAUAGGCUGACUUGAAUAUCUAGGGGGUCAAGGAAUUAGAAGUUAUAUUAGAAAUAUAUCUUUAAAAAUUCAGAUUAUAAGUAUAAAUUCUUUAAAAGUUUUUAUUUUAAUUUUAUGAAUUCUAGUUAGAGUAUUUAUAUUUUUUUAA